AGAGGUAAAUAAAUAAACGGAGCUCCCGGGCUAAACUGAGGAAUAAGAGUUUUCUACGUCCAGUUAUUAUCCAGAUUAGUCUAUAAUACUUCUCGUGUAUAGCUAAUCACAACAUAUCCCAACAUUAAUAACACGGAAGUAUUGAACAAAGAACAAGGAGGGCUACGGAAUUUACGCUUUUACCCACAAUGCAUUGCGGGGUGACGUCCGCAAACAAAGCUCUAUUUCGUCAACAAAUUGAGACAGGUAAUUAGAAAAUGAGCGUAAAGAGUGUUCGGAUGUGACCACAACAAUGUUCGAGCGUGUAUAUUAAUACAUGUUGUACGUACCAUGAGUGUACAGGACAUGUUACUGUGUGUGUUGUUACUAUAGCAACCUGUAACUACGAAGCCGCUGGAGGACAACAUGUCGGCACAAGUGAAAGAGAGGGAAGAUGAGGACUUUAAAGAGGAGGCGAGGGUGUCUUCCGUCUUCUCUUCUGCUGAAGCGUUCAGAGAAGAACCGUCAGACAACAUUCCAGAGACAGUAGACGACUUUCUCAGGAACUUCCUGCGGAGACUUGGCAUGAGUCGGACUCUGGACUCGUUUGAGGCGGAAUGGUACGGCUUCGCUCACAAAGUCCUGACAGGUCCCUUAAUCACCGCACCUGCGGCGCCGGGCGUCCUCGUCCUGCCCGACGCCGCCACACACCAGCGGCGGCUCCGCUCCGAACUGGACAAGGUCCUCGGUGAGACCAACGCCUUGAAAGAGGAAGUGUUGUCCGCCGGGGACAAGCUGGUGAGGGUGCAGCGGGACCGGGACCUGCACCUUCUGCACCACCGCCGCUUCGUGGACGACAAAAAGCGUCUGCUGGAGGACAUCAAGCGGCUGAAGAAGCGUCUGGAGUCCUACGAGCCGGCGCUGAGACGUCUGGACGACAAGUACCAAGCCACCAUGAGGCAGAAGAUGCUGCUCAGCCUGGAGAGCCAGCGAGUUCUGAACGCCUCAGAGCCACCGAGUCGGGACAGAACCAAGUCGGAAAAGACGAGCGACCUUUGGCGGAGCAGCAUCAGACGCCAGAGCCCCCCUGAGGCGCCUGUCUGCCAGAACCUUCCACUCACGUAUGAACAACAUCAACCCAGAGAAGACAAAACAAUUUCAAACUUCAAGCUGUUCUGUUCCAUCAAAGCUCACGUUCUUCCUAUCAGCUGCAUCAGUCUCCAUCCUCACAGGAACUUCCUGGCCUCUGCUGGUGAUGACUGCAGCUGGAAACUGUGGGCGCUGCCCACCAGCACAGAAAAGGUGGGCCAGUUGGUGCUGACAGGCGAGGGACACUCUGAUUGGCUGUCAGGCUGCAGCUUCCACCCAGGAGGAAGUAAACUGGCAACCACCAGCGGUGACACCACAGUGAGACUGUGGGACUUUUCCUGUGGACGUUGUGUGUUGACGUUGUCAGGUCACAGCAAUCCCACCUGGGGCUGCUCCUUCCACUCGUGCGGUCACCUGCUGGCCUCCUGCUCCUCCGAUAAAACUGCCAAACUGUGGGACCUGAACAGCCAGAGUUGCCGCCUCACGAUGCGCCGCCACAGCGCCUCCGUCAACAGCGUCUGCUUCCAGCGCGCGUCCAACUCUGUCCUCACGUCCUCGGCGGACAGGACGCUGGGCCUGUGGGACAUCAGGCUGGGAGUGUGCGCCGCCUCCUUCCACGGACACCAGCAUCCCUGCAACCACGCCGUCUUCGGCUUGGCCGGGGAAGUCGUGGCUUCCUGCGACACGCGUGGGACAGUCAACGUGUGGGACAUCAGGAGACACACGUCGCCCGUACGCACAAUAGACGCCGGGCCGCCGAGCGCCAACCAGGUGGCUUUGAGUCCGUCUGGGAAGAUGUUGGCGGUGGCGAGCAGCGACGGUUUGGUUCGGCUGGUGGACGUGGAUUCUUGUACAGUCAGCACCUUGUCAGGACACAAGGGCAGCGUGAACACUAUCACCUUUGACCACAAGGGGAAGACUGUAAUGUCAGCAGGUAGUGAUGGUCUCAUUAAUAUCUGCACAUGACCAGUGGCAGGCCGUGCGUUUCCCACCUAGGCCUUCAGUGAGUACCUCUCCAAAUACCUUCAUUUAUGUCCCCACAUGUCCAUCGCUGGAGCAAUACUAUACACAAACACAUUUACACACUACUAGAGGACAGCAAGAGAGAGCGAGACAAAGAACUCUUCCACAAUUUUAUAACUUUUCGGAAAAAGAAGAGGGUUUGGGGCAAAGCCUGUCUCCUGGGAGGGGAGAGAGAAGAGCAAAACACACUUAUCUGAAUGUGAUAUUAGCCAUACCAAAAAAUACAUGAAAUAUGAACCAUGUAACACACUGCAAAAAGCCAGUGUUCAAAAACAAAAAUUAGGGGUAUUUUAUUUGAACUAAGCAAAAUUAUCUGCCAAUAGAACAAGAAAAUUUAGCUUGUCAAGACUUUCCAAAACAAGUAAAAUUAAAGCUGCAAGCAGCGAUGGACGGAACCGACUUUGACGGCACAUAAAAUCCAAACCAUAGCAGUAAUUAAAACUCUUUUGUCAACUUUUAAUCAGAAGGGUUCAAUCUCUUUCCUGUGCUAGUUUGAAGCCGACACGACAAACGCGCUCAGAGGAGAUAAUGUUUGAAAAAAGGUGACCAGUUUUUACAAAACUUUUGUUUUUAAGGGGGAAUUGCAAACUUCCUGUUGAUUUUUGCUGGGGGUUGUCAAUAUAUGAAAUGUAGGUCUAAGUGAGACCUACAUAGAUGUUUUUGUUUCAUGUCUCUAAGACAUUCCUACUUGAAGUUACAGGCAGUUUUGUCUGUUUUCUUCCUAGGAGCAGUUGUGUGUUUUCUUCCUAAGGGGCGCUAGAGCGCAAUUUUGAGUUUUGGGGUUGGGUUUUUUAUUAGAUCGAAAUUUUUGCCAGUCCUGAUGUGUGUGUCCAGUUUGGUGAGUUUUGAAGCAUGUUAAGGGGGUCAACUUACAGCUCAAAGAGGCAAAAGUGACUUGUUUUUAGCAAACUUUUGUUCUGAAGGGGGAAUUGCCAACUUCCUGUUGAUUUUUGCUGUAGGCUGUCUAUGUAUGAAAUCUAGGUCUAAGUCAGACCUACAUAGAGGUUUUUGUUUCAUGUCUCUACGACAUUCCUACCGGAAGUUACAAGCAGUUUUGUCAGUGUUUUUCCUAGGGGGCGCUAGAGCGCAAUUUUGAGUUUUGGGGUUUGGUUUUUUAUUAAAUGGCAAUUUUCACCAGUCCUGAUGUGUGUGUCAAAUAUGGUGAGUUUUGAAGCAUGUUAAGGGGGUCAAAUUACAGCUCAAAGAGGCGGCGGAAUAAUAAUAAUAAAACGCACGAAAUACAAUAGGGUCCUCUGUCCCAAAGGGACAUUGCGGUCCCUAAUUAGCUAACCUCAAUGAACCCAAAAAUACCGGUACCUUAAAAUAAGUAUAUUCUCACUAAUAACAACUGUACUACUAUAUGAGUACGUAUUUUCUAUUGUUUAAUUGAAAAUAAAACAGCAAAGUCUGUCAUCUAUUUUAAUAUGAGACACAAUUGUGUCAAAGUCAUGAUUUUUUUUUCAUGCUUGAAAUAAGAAAUUAUUACUUUAAAAAAGUAGUUUUAUACUUUUGAGUGUUGAUGACACAGCUUUGCAUCAGUUGAUAUUCUAGUUUCAAGCAUGUUUUACUCAAUAUAGGCCAUCAAAUCUCAGCAACAAGCUGUAAUAUCUUACUGAGAUCAUUUAGGACCAAAACACUUAAAACAAGUAAAACACUCUAACAUAAAUUCUGCUUAGUGAGAAGAAUUAUCUUAUCAGACAGAAAAUAAGCAAAUAUCACCCUUAUUUGACAUAUUUAAUCUUACUUAGAUUUCAGUUUUUGCAGUGCAUGUUUUAGUAGUAUGGAUGAGUU